AGCCACUCUGUGUGGACAUGAACGCAUGGAUGUAUUGGAGCGCUCCCACAUGACAAAAGCUCCAGCGCGUCUGGAAACCAGGAACGGAGCACGGGGCGUUUUGGGAGAAACCGUCGACAAGAUCCAUUCUGCAUCUUUACCUGCAGCAAGACUCGGCUCAGCUCGGCUCGGCUCGCUGACAGACAACUUCAGUGACCGGUUCACUUUUUGUGAUUACUGUGGCGGGCAGCUCCCCUCUCUUUUUUCCCUGUCUCCAAGUGAACUUUAUAGGGAUGUUAUAUCAGAGCAUCACCGUGCUGAAUGCCCAGAUAGUGCUGAAAGCAGAUACGCUGCUGCAGAUCGAGGUGUGAGGCUCUACAGUUCCCUGCCCAUGCGCCCAAACCCUGACGGCAAGAGACUGCCCUCUACUGGGUUUGAUGGUGACAACAUGUACAUGAAUGAAAACAACCAUGAUUUCCUCCCGCCAAACCAGAACUACACAGGUCAGAGUGGCGGCGGCGGGGGAGGAGGCGGCGGCGGUGGCUCAGGCAGUGGAAACGGAGCCGGGGACGAAGACUACGAGAUCCCCCCCAUCACUCCACCUAACCACCCCGAGCCUCCUCUUCUUCACCUGAUGGAGCAUGACUCUACAGGCUACCUCUGCCACUCGCUGCAACACAAUGGGCUCAUCAACCCGUAUUCCUACCCAGAGCUGCCCACACUCAUGAUGUCUAACAUGCUGGCACAGGACAGCCACCUCGUCUCCAGCCAAAUGCCCUCGAUGCAGGAGAUGGCUUUGCACCACCACCACCACCAACAGCAACACCGUCACCAUCAGCACCCAGACGGCGCUCAUUAUGACCCCACCCGUAACCACCCCCUGAUUAACAGCUCACCUCCGAUACUGCCAAACCCCAUGAGUGCACUGACCCAGCUAAACCCUCAUGUCAGCAGGAGUGCACUGCCUCAUGGUUCCCCCUCACCUCCCGGAAGUAAAUCGGCCACACCCUCCCCCUCAAGCUCCAAUCAGGAAGAGGAGACUGAUCCUCAUUCGAAGAUGGUCUUCCAGAUCACGGGCGAGAAGCGGCCGUCUUCAGAGAUGAUGAAGCCCAAGCCCAAACCCCAAAAAAAGAAGAAGAAGAAGGAUCCCAAUGAGCCUACAAAGCCUGUGUCGGCCUAUGCCUUGUUCUUCAGAGACACCCAGGCAGCCAUUAAAGGACAGAAUCCCACUGCCACCUUUGGAGACGUAUCCAAGAUAGUGGCCUCCAUGUGGGACGGACUGGGAGAGGAGCAGAAACAGAACUACAAGAGGAAAACAGAGGCUGCUAAGAAAGAGUACCUGAAAGCCCUGGCCGCCUACAGAGCCAGUCUGGUUUCCAAGACAUAUAAUGAUCCUGUGGAGACAAAAAGUGCCCAAACAAGCCAGGCUUCUCCACAUAUGAUGCCAGCCAACCCACCCCUGUACAGUGUGCCACAUCCCCCACAGCCGUCGUCGCCCUACCUGGGGCCUGGGGCCUUCCCUCUUACCGACCUGCAGAGCUACGCAGGACACGCCCCUCGCCACACCCUGUCGCAGACGCUCAGCCAAUCGCAGAUGCUGCCCAGCAUUAGUGCCUCUCCCCCUUCCUCCUUCCAGAUCAGCCCACCCCUUCACCCCCACCAGCAGCUCUCCCUGCACCAGAGCUCGCUCCUCAACCAGCCUAUCCGCAUGCAGCAGGUCCAAUCCCAGCCAAUCAUCUCUCACCAGAUGGGGCUGCAGGCCUCUCUUCACUCCCCACCUCCUGGACAGCAGGGGUUUUCCCACCUCCAGUCAGAGUAUCAGAAGAGCAUUGGUGGCUCCCAGUCUCCAGGAGCCCCUGGACCUGGUCCAGGCCCUGGAGUGGCUCAGAGCCAUGACUGGGACAGUGAAUACUGCAAUCGGGAGUGUGGCAACCACUGCAGGGACAAGCCACUCUACCUCACCUGAAACUGAAGAUCAUGGUCUGUCAACAAAUAUGACACGAGGAGUCUACUCUCACCCCCUCAUCCCCCCCUCACCCCUAUCCCCUCAACCCUCUUCUGAUCUGCACACACUUACACACAGUUCACACUUAACAUACAAUAACAUACAUACACAUGCAAAAAUUCACAAACACACGUUCCACCUCCCAAAUCACCACCCUCACCACUUUCUUUUUGUCAAUGUAAUUAUUAUUUCUCUCAGUUUCUAGAAGAAUUCGUGAGUUUUUUGACUAGAUGACUGCUGUCUGUACCACUUAAUGUAUUAGCAGUCCUCUUGCUGUUUAACAUUUGCCAAGCACUUAUAAGGCCCCCUUCCCCUCCCUCCUGCUCCCACCAUCCUCUCUGAGCUGUGUGUCUAUGCCCUCCACGAUAUACAGGCCGGGCUGUUAGAGCACUCCUCUUCUGUGUCACCAUUAAAGUCCCCUCAGGGACCCCAUCCAGCUUUAAUUAGAAUGAGAAAGAAAAAAAUACUCUUCCUCUUCUUUAAUCAUUUUAAUUUCCCUUUUGUGUUUUUUUCUUCUUUUCUUUUUGUUGUUGUUGUUGUCGUUGCUGUUUUAUUUAUUUCUGGCUUGCAAAAUUGUUCCUCUUUUUUUGCCAAUAAGCGUUGGGCCCUGUACUGUAGAAAAAAUAUUAACUUCUAGUAGGUUCAGGCUUUGAUGUUAUGGUAGCUUUGCUUAAGGGCCUGCAAAUUGAUACAAAAAGCUUGGGUGGGGAAAAGAAACAAAACAAAAAUAAUCUUUUUUUAAUAUUUAAGACCUGUUAAGGUCUACUGAGCUGUCACAGUGUGAUUGUAAAUAUCACUUUUAUGGGAUCAAAUUGGGAAUUGGAAGUCCGGAUAGAUUUGUUUCUUCUUUAAUAUUACAUGUACGUCAUCGUGUGUGUGUGUGUGUGUGUGUGUGUGUGUGUGUGUGUGUGUGUGUGUGUGUGUGUGUGUGUGUGUGUGUGUGUGUGCGUGCGUGUGUGUCUGGACGUGAGAAUGUACCCCAUUCAUGACGUGUGAAGUCGAGUGUGUAUGUGCACGGACACACACUUGCGUUGUGUUGCAGUGUUCGAGUGUUGAGUCUUUCUCGUGAAUUUUAACAGCCUUGUGCAGCUGGAUUUCAGAGGAGUAUUUCACACUCUCGUUCUUGCAUUAAAUCUGUGCUCACUGGUGUGUUUUUUUCCAAUAAAGUUCAAUCUAAAACUGAAUACACAAUAUGUGUCCUGCAGAUCAUUAAAUGGAAAGAGCCAGGUGAGAGAUAGAGAGGAAAAAGAUUUGAAAGAGAAAGAAAUGCUGUGAGAUAAAAUGAGAUAUAAUGUUGCAGGUAAAAAAAAAAAAAUAUUGCCACAAAAUGCCCCCCACCUCCAUUUUCUUAUUUUGUCCGACCAUAAUGUCAAUUUUGUCUCCUCGACAUGCAGAAGUGAAGUAAUGACAUAUGUGAAUGGAGCCAUCACAUCCACAUUACAGUGAUUUUUUAUAAGUUUCUACUUGAUGUUUGGUUGUGUUGAUCUCAUCUUUUUAACUUUUUGUGUGAUUAACAGAAAUACAUUUUGCUGACAAAGACAUCUGUAUUUAUCUCUUUACUGUAGCAUAGUUGUUACAGAUCUAUAACAUUUUAAGUUGUGUAAAAAAAAAACAUGCCAAUUGUAGUUAUUUUAUUUGUAAAGCCAGUAAUGAUAAAUAUUUUAAAUGGUUAUCAAUAUAUUGUUUUCGCUAGUUGCCCAUCAGCCGUUUGACAGGUUUUCUUAUUUAUGAAAGAAAUUAGAUCACUUUUGCUUCUUACAAUGGAGGUGUAUUUUUAUUCUUAUUUUAUUCUAUAUUUUAUUUCCUUUGGUUUGAUAGAAAUAAUGAUGACCACAACAAUUCUUUCUUUAUUUUUUACAUUUCGGGUGCUGCUCCUUUUUUUUCUUUGCCAGCAGCAUCUGUUUGUGUCACAAUGCUUCUUUUAUUUCAAACCUGCAUAAUAAAAAAAAGUUUAAAAGUGA